AUGAUGGACAAAAUCAGAGCCUUCUUCGAAAAACCUUUCUUCGAACCCCAUCACAAGAAGAAGAUCCACAUCCUCCAGCUCGUGCUCAUGCUCAUCGCCAUCAUCCUCACCAUCGCGCGCAUGGCCAUGCCCGUCAUCACGACGCGGGCAAACAUGAUGGCCCUCACGAUGGGCCUCAAGUCGUUCGUAAUCAUCGGGUACCAGCUCCUCACGGCGCACAAGGAGCGCUUCAAGAAGUGGGCCUCGCUCAAGGCGAACGCCAUCCUCAACACCCUCGAGAUCGUCUUCUGGUUCGUCGCGUUCGGGCUGCUGUUCUCGGCCAACACAAAGUUCUGCACGGGCGCGAGCUGCGCUUUGAGUUGGGUCGUGACGCUGAUAUGUGCGGUGCUCAUUGUCCUCGCGUUCCAGACAUCCGUCAUCUCGAUCAAGGAGCACCGAUACUUCAAGAACUACGGCGCCGAGUACGGCACAAACUAUCCAAAGGUCUAG